UCUUGUGUGACGUUUCGCCUCGUCAUAGUUGCGCCAUUGGUUAGAGGUCAUCCCAACCCGGAAGCAGUGAAGCGCGCUGCCCGGAAAGGUCGCGAUGAUCGGCGGCGCGACGUACGGGAGACUCCUGCGGGCCUCAGCUUCGCGCUGGCGGGUGGCCGAAGGCCGCCGUAGGUCGUCGCGUUCAGUGUUCGACCGAAGCAUGAAGAAGAAGCAGAAGGAGUGGGCGGGCUCGGGCCGCGACACCCGGAAGUACGACUACCUACGGGACGAGGUUGGCAGUCGGGUGGCGGAUCGCGUGUACGACGUGGCCAGGACCUUCCCCCUGGCGUUGGAGAUCGGCGCCGGACGAGGUCACGUCGCUCAACAUUUAAGCAGGGACGCGGUGGAGCGUUUGUUUGUGACGGACAUCUCCGAGGCCGCCCUGAGGCAGAACGUCGGCGGCGAGAUGCGGUGGCACGCCCUGGCGGCCGACGAGGAGUUCCUUCCUUUCCGCGAGAACUCUUUCGACCUGGUGCUCAGCAGCAUGAGUCUGCACUGGGUCAACGACCUGCCCGGCGCGCUCAGACAGAUCCAGGCCGUCCUGAAGCCCGACGGCGUGUUCAUCGGCGCCAUGGCCGGCGGCGAGACCUUGUACCAGCUGCGCUGCUCGCUGCAGCUGGCCGAGACGGAGCGGGAGGGAGGAUUCUCGCCGCGCGUCUCGCCCUACACCGCCGUCGCCGACCUGGGCAACCUGCUGGGACAGGCCGGCUUCAACAUGCUCACCGUGGACACGGACGAGGUGCAGGUAUAUUAUCCGGGCAUCAUGGAGGUGAUGAUGGACUUGCAAGGUAUGGGCGAGAGCAACUGCGCUUGGAACCGCCGCUCCGUGCUGCAUCGAGACACCAUUUUGGCGGCGGCGGCCGUCUACAAAGAAAUGUACGGUAACGAGCAGGCAAAAGCGGCCAAACGAGGCUCGGCGACCGUCUCCUUUGGAGAUUUGUCCAAAAUCAACCGAAACGGUGAUGACGAGUGAACUUUUGAAACGUCCCUCAUUCAUCGUUCGAGACGGCAUAUUUGCGUGACACGAACAGCGAGUGUGACAUGCGUAUUCGACACAAAACAUGGGACAUCCGUACUAAAUGUGAACAUUAAAUUCUGUCUCU